AUGCCUCCUAAAGCCAAGCCUAAAAAAUUAACAAAAAAAGAGCUUCUCGCCCUUCAAGAAGAAUAGAGAAGAAAAGAUGAAGAAGAAAGAAAAAAAAGAGAGGAAGAAGAAGAAAAAUAAAGAAAAAUUUUAGAAGAGUAAAGACGUAAAGAAGAAGAACGUUUAGCAGCUGAAGAGAAGGCUCGUUUAAAAGAAGAAGAAUAAGAACUUGAAGGUUGGCGCAAUUAGAUUCUGAAAGAAAGAGAAGAAUAAGUUAGGGAAAUGCGUAAAGUUCAUGAAUGGGAUAGGUAUAUGAAAUGUUCAUCUAAACCAGAUGCAAUUAAAGAAAAUGAAUUAUCUACAUUCAUAACUUAAUAUAAUGAAUCACCAAGAGUUACAGAAUUGAAAAUUGAUGAGGCACUUCAAUAAAUUUAAUAUGCUGAAUCGGUUGUAGAAGAUGUGAUUGCUUUUUAGCAAAGAGCAUACGCAGAAGGUAGAAUGGAAGACAGUUAAAGAUUGUUAAAAUAGGUACUUCAAAUCAGAUAAAUAAAUGAUAGAAAGAUUGAAGAAAUAAGUUCUCAUCUUUGCAUUUAUGCUGAAUUCUUGUAUGAAUAGAAACUUGAUGAGAUUUCUAAAAGGUUGCAAUCUGAGUCACCAAAUAAAAAUAUUAAAUCAACUGAUGACAAAUAAAAAACUGAAAUAUAUAAGAUAUACCCUCCUCUUCCAGAUAUUAGAUACGGUGUCUGGAUUAAUCCUCAUAGCAAAUCAUCAUAUCGUCACAAGCCUAUUGACUUCCUUGGUAUUGGAAUCCAAUGUGAAGUUCCAAGAAAUUACAUGUCAUAAUCGAUUAUAAUGAAAGCUCUAUGGACUAGUUAUGAUAGCUUAACAAACCCAGAAUAUAAAUAAAAUUCUAAAGAUAUUGUUAUGGGAGGUGUUUUGAAUGUCGAGUGUCUUGAAUAUUUACCUGCUAAAGUUAAAACUGCCAAUUGGACAUUAAAGUUCCACUAUGAUGUGGAAGAGUCAAUUAAAAGAUUACCUUAUCCAAGUUAAGAUAGCAAUGCAUAGACUCACUAAAAUAUUUAACCAGUAAAAGUUAGCUACACUCUUCCUCCAUACCUUUUAAUAUAUCCUAAUGACCAUCAUAGAGUCGUUGUUUAUGACAAUUAAUAGUAAAAAUGGACCUCUGAAUAUAUUGUUGAUGAUGUGAAAUAUGAAGCUGAUAAAAAACUUUUGAAUUUUAGCACUAUUAGAUUAGCUCCUUGUGCUUAUGUUCAGGAAAAAUGCACUGAUUAUCCUUAUGUUUCAUGGAAGAUCCGUUGUGUAAAGCCUGAUACAGCUUAUAUUGAUAUUUAGGGUAAGAGAGAUACCUUUAAGUUUGAAAUAACUCCUGGAUUUGUUAUGCUAAGAAAUAGAAAUGAACCAGAAUUGAAACAUUUGGUGAAUAGGAAAAUGCCUACAGGCUUAUUACUUUCAUAAUUAAGUAAAUCAGGUAUACAUCUAUAACCUCACGAAGAUGAUGCUAAUGACGAAAAUAUUGUAAAAAAGAAUCCUGCUGCAGAAGCAACAGCAAUAGCAGAAAUCGUUUUCGCAGUAAGAAGCUUCUUCAUCUAAUCAAGCAGAUUUAGUGGUUAAAUAAACAAAGAUAAAAUUUUGGUUAGAAUCAAAGAAAAUUUAGAAUAUGAUGAAGAAUUUUUAGAGAAUCAAGAAAAAGACUGGAAAACUAUCUGCUUCUAACCUGGUAAAUCUUCAAUUAUUAAAUCAAGAGAUUCUUAAGCUACUUGUAACGAAAACUUGCUUGAAGAAACUGUAACUCACGCUACUCUUGAACUAUUAUUGAAGAAGCAUGAUUUAGCUGAAUAAAAAGUGCUGGAUAAAAUGAGAGAUUUAAAAUCAAUAUUAUUUAUGGAUACUUUGAGUAGAUUUUUGAAUUUAACUAAGCUGCUUUCAUUUACAUCUGGAAUACCACCUGAAAAUCAACCUAAAAAAGUAUACCAAAAAGCAGAAAGAACUAUUCCAAAUAACAGUCUCUUAGGCAAUACUAGCUUCAUUAUGAAUAACUUAAAUCCUACAAGCUCAUCAUAAAUCUAAGGCACAGAAGAAAAAAAAUCAGAAGGAGUAAUUUAAGAAUAAUAAGGAUAACCAGCGGAAGGUGAACAAUAAAAUAAUACAAACCAAAGCAAUCCCUAGCCAGAUAACGAAGAGAAAAAAGAAGAGGUUCCUGCUAGUUGA